AUGGACAUCGACCAUCCCAAGCCAUCUACAACACAUCCGAAACAGCACAUCGAUAUCGACAAUGACAACGUCCCAGCCACAACACGCCGCAUAACAGCACGGAAUCCGCCAUGGACAUACCUCAAACUGCAACUAAUCACCGAACCGAUCACCCGCCGCGUCCACCUCGACGCGCUCACCGCUCGAACCCAUCUGAGCGCCGCACUCGCCCAGUUCCUCGGGUUAAUGGGGACGGCGGUGUCGAUUGAUAUCCUCAAGAUUGAGGAUGAGAAUGGCGUUUUGUGGAUCCGGGUCCCGCGCGAGGAUGGUGCGGCUGUUGUGGCUGCUGUGAGUUCGUGGGUAGGGUCGUCUACGACGUCGUCGGGUCGAGGCGGCGUGGGUGAGGAAGAAGAGUGGGAGGAAGGGGGUGCGGUGGCGUGGAGGGUGUUGGCGAAAGGAAAUUUUUUGGGGGCGGUUGCGCAUGGGUCUGGGGGGGAUGUGUUUGAGCCGUAA